GAGAGGCUUAUUUCUGAUACCGGUGAUUUUAACAAAGCUGAUGCACAAAUAGAUGAAUAUCGAUACAAGCGUGGACUUUUCGGAAUGAGGGCAGCUCAAAAUUCAUAUAAAACACGUCCCCCAGUGGAAUGGUGGGAUCAAUUUGGAGAUCAUAUUCCAGAAUUACGGGCUUUUGCGGUCAAAAUUCUUGGCUUGACGUGUUCUUCUUCAGCUUGUGAACGAAAUUGGAGCACAUUCAAUCAGGUCCACACGAAGAGAAGGAAUCGUCUUUCAGCCAUUAAGUUGAAUAGUUUGGUAUUUAUAAUGUUCAACAAGAAGUUGAAGUUUAGGAAGAGCCGGUUACAAAAGAAAGACGAUAAUUUGAUCUUCGAAAAUGUAUCAUCUGAUGAUGAGUGGAUUGCUG